GGAUUUUUUUCGCGCCGGCGCGAAACGCGGUCAUUUGCUAUUUCCUGUACCACACGUACUUAUUUACCUUUUUGCUGUACAUUCAUAGCUUAUUUAAUUUUCUAAUAUUGUACCGAUAAUUUGAAGAUGAUUUCGGUUCGCGACAUAAAUUUGAAUUUUAUAGGUGUUAGGUAAAAUAAUGUGUCGGCAACUUAGUUGUAGUUAGAUAAACAGUGUGUAAAUACUGAAUGUGUUUAAAUUGUGCUGAGCUUGUGAGCGAACGUUUUAUCAUCAGAUAAAAUGGGUUCCAUCGUUCUUAAGAGUCUGUCGGUCCUUUUGGGAGUGUUUUUUAUAUUUGUCGGUAUAACGAAACUGACCCCAUUUAUUUCUAAGGAACUGCAUAAAGAUUUGAGAAAAGAAUAUGUGAGAUAUGCGAAAGUGUUCCCGUUCACGGAAAUGUUGGAUUUAAAAUUACCAUCGAAAUGGUACCGGAGGACGGUUGGAGCCUUGGAGAUCAUUUUUGGAUUAGUUCUUGCACUGAUACCUAGUCAUAAGUUGAAAAACAUUGCCAACGUGGGGUUGGUACUGUUGAUGAUCUUAGCAGCGUACUCGCAUAUAAUGGUAGGCGACCCCUUCGACCGCUGUGCCCCAGCGUUAGUCUUCUUCUUCAUGUUGAGCGGCCGGCUCGUGGUAUGGUAUCAAACGAGCCGCCGAGAAGAACUUGAAAAGGUAGCAGCCACUCAAAAUGGGAACGGAUUGAAGAGGGAUUAAAUUUUACACAUACCUACAUAAUUUUAGUCUGGCAGUAACAUAAUUAUUAACAAUAUUUAAUUUACACAUCAAUUAAAAAAGGUCCCUAGCCAUAAAAGCUCAUAGGAUGGCCGUAUACGGCACCGUGUACAUCACUCAAAUGUUAGAAUGUUUGAAAAAUAAUAGGGUGAAUGAUAUUUAAAAACCGAUCACUGAGCUGUGAUUUUUCUAGUCAACUUUUAUUAUUUUAGUCAUCGUAUAUGAUAUACUUGAAAUAGAAAAUCAUUUGAUACUAUAAGUAUGCUGUAAGUGUAAGUCAGGGGUUCCUAAACUCUUCGUGAUUAAUUAGGAAAAAUAUCCAAGGAGAAUAUUAUCCAUCAUCCAAACCUCUUGAAGCCAGGCACGUCAGGGGUGCGACCGCCUAGCGCUAUUUGAUAUUUGUAUGGAAACGUAAGUUACAAGAGGGCCUAAAAUCAUGUUACCCUCGAGAUGGUAACCCUUACGGAAUACGUAUUACUCUCUGGUUAGGAAUCACUGCUGUGAGUAAAUGUUUUUGUACUAGUUUGUGAGAAACUGCGCCAAUAAUUAUAAAUUUGUACUUAAUCAUCACAAACCUAAUUAAUAAUUACUUACGAAUUAAAUAAUUCAUUAUAUUAUUUAAUUAAUAUCAUCUUUAGGUGACCUCGUUUUGAGAAAAUAUGCUAGUAAUUCGUUUUCCAAAAGUGAUAUUAAUUUAAGAAUCAUGUGCUAGGUUCAUUUUGUAUGAGAGUCUGUGUCGUUAAUUGGGAUGACGACUAAUAUUUGUUUGUUCGUCCGUCGUAAUUUAUUAUACGUAUUUUUUUAUUUCUUGUGUAAUCAAUAAAUUACGGUAAUACAUUGAUUUGAAAUGUCGCAUGACGUCAUGUUUUUGUGCAUUUUCUACAAAACUAUGACGUAGCGAGCCCUCACUCCUCAGCUUUAAUGCCUAUAAUCUAAGCCAUUUCUUGUUCAAAUUGAAGCAAAAAAUACGUAUAUUAUAUUUUUGUAUUAUCUGACUGACAGAAAAAGAACUUAUUUUUUUUACCCAAUCGUCAUCCCUAUUUUGUCUGUAUGUCCAUUGGUAGCUUUAAAUAAUGCUAUUUCGCAAAAUAUAUUGUUUUUUGUAACAACGCAAAUUUCUAGUGGUAAAUAUGAUUUGCUCAAUAAGUAGGUAUGCACCUACUUAAAAAAUACUAAUACUAACAUUCAAAUAUUUUUUUUAUUGCUUUAAAAACAAAAUAGGAAGACUGACGUUAACGUUUAAAAAUAACAGGUUAUAAUGGGACAGUCUGGUUUAAAUCGGAAAUAGACCGACAAGGUGAUAAUGCGUCUGCUAGAUCGUAAACGAACAUUUACCAGCGUAGCGCCCCCAUUAUAAAAAAAAACUCAAAAUAUUUAUUAAGAUACAAUACCUAUAUGGAUAUUUGAAAAUAAUACUCAGCACUUACUUUUAUAUUAGCUAUUUACCAAUAAUUUUGAAAUUAUUGACAGAAUUAUAAUAUUAAAAAAACUUUAUGCAAGUAUUAUUGCAUAACGUUUUUUUACCGACUCUAACGGUGGUUUUGCUAUCUUUGUAGUUUCCCUGUCGGUACGAUUCCCUGUCGGUUUGACUGUGUAAAAAAAAUACUUUUCUAUUAAUUUGGAUGAUCUUUUAGUAUUGAAAUAAAUCUAACAGAGGAUCCCUCAAGUCUCACGAUAUAUAUGUCGGAGUAUUCCGAAGUAUAUACUUGUCAGUUCAGAUGAUACGCGGCCACGACGCUACAUCUUCCUUAAGACAUGCACCGACCCUUAAAUUUCCAUAAUAUGCGAAAUAAUUUUUUAUGGAAUCCAUUAAUUUAAGCCGAUGUGGAUUUUCAAUAUACUGUCAUGUAUACCUAUUUUAUUUCUAUAAAAAACUGGAAACUUUAAAAUAUGUUGUUAAAAUGAAAAUUUUCCUAGACAGGGCUACCUUAGAUUAUAUAAUAUUCAUAUAUGAAUAAUUGAUUAUUCAUUUCACUGUAUGUGUGGUGCGUGAACGUGAGAUUUCGUUAAUAAGAUGUCUUUGAAUAAACUUAAUG